AUGGAUUGGCUCUUGGAGGUUUGCGAAUUUGUGCUGUAUUAUGCAUUCCAGGAUUACACUACUCUACAUUCUCCUUCUGCACCAUUUUUCCAUUUUCUGAUGGUAAAAACAAUCCCAGAGUUAACGAACUGCAAUUAAUAACACGUAAAGAUUCCAAUCAGUUUUCUGUUUUCGGUCGGACGUUCGGUCGCUGACCUUGACCGACCGUGUGUCAUAAAAAAGGGGCUGAAUGAUGAGAGCCGCCCAAAUCAGAUCUCUAGCACAACAACAAUGUCUUGACGGAUACGAAUUGGGGUCUGCUUUCCAAAUUGGGUGCAUUCCGCGCGAUGAUGUUUUUCGAACUUUGGGUUUCGGGGUUGACGAAAGUUUUUGAGUAUCCUUGCGGAUUUAGGUGGAAGCGAUUUGAUUUUUUGAGUUCCUUAUCUUGAUUUAAUAUCCGGUAAAUUGUGAAGAAUAAAUUUGCUCCGUAUUUUACCCCCAACCCCUCAGUUUUACCUCCAUUAAAGGAUUUACGGAUCGAUGCUUUCGCGGCACUUAAAGUUUUGGAAAUAAAAGCGGGAAAUUUGUGUUUUCGUUUUCGGGAAAGAGAAGACCGAGCUGCGGACAAUAACCUUGCGCAAGUCUUGUUCUAAACUCUUGUAAUUUUACGGCUUGGAACGACCUCUUUCAUGGGUCCUAAAUACAGAGACGGUGAUGAAAGAGGCUCUUGGCAAAGAUGUUUUUACGGAUUUGGUGGGUGUGAGCACCUUACACUGAGGUGAUAUAAGAGUGAAGAAAUAAGAUCGCACCGGUCGUUCCCAAGCAGAACGUUAAAAACGCUUUCCUAAUUUUUUUUUGAAAAAAUAGAAUGGAAAAAAUGAGGCCGACAUGAGAAAAAAGCUCGAGAAAACAAGUUUAGCGUCUUUUUCAAAAUCUCAAAAUCGGUCUUAUUUCUUCACUCUUAUAUGGUUUGGUUUUAUAUUGGUACAGGAAGUCUGUACUUUCUUUCUGAUAUAAAAUCAAGUUCAAAUCAAAUUUAGCGAGUAAUUCGUUUAUAACGAGCAAAAAGAAAGGGUCUACCGGAACCAAAUUGCUCUGUUAUUGCAACCUCAGUGCUUUUUCUGCAAAGUUUUUGCCUGACCUUCUUCAUUUUACCCGAGAAAAGGCCGUGAUAUUUCAUAUGUCAUCAAACAAGGCUCAUUAGAGUUUAAUUCAUCACAUUCCAGAUGACAUGCAUUUGUGAUACCUUCUUGUGGGCCGGCAAGCAGGCAGUCUUGGCCUACAUCUUCUUCAGGCUCCUCAAAUUCUCUUACAUCGUUUUGUACAGUGUUUAUGGUCACUUCAUUGCAAAACCAGUGGAUUUGGGGCCUUUUAAAGAGAAAUGGACAGUAGUUACGGGCUGCACUGAUGGAAUUGGUCGGGCUUACAUCGAUGAGUUGUGUAAGACCAGGGGGAUUCGAAAGUAUUUUUUGAUUGCGAGGAAUCCAAAGAAAUUGGAGGUUGUUGUCAAUGAAUUGAGUGAGUCAUGGAUCUCUGUUUAGGAUUAUUUUGAAACUUUAGAGGAACAAUAUGGGUGUGAGAUUAAGACCGCGAUCUUCGACUUUGAGAAGGAUGAUCUGGAUAAACUUCCAGCCGAAUUGAAGACUCUGGAUGUCGGAAUUUUGAGUAAGAAUUCACAUAGAUUCUUUUUCAAAAAAAAAACUUUUUUGAUGACUAAAAUCCAAAUUUCAGUAAAUUGUGCUGGAAUUGGCCCAACAGAAGUCGGGAAUUUCUCGGAGUUGCCUCAGGGCUUACCCACUAAAAUCAUGAAAGUAAAUCUGAUGUCAAAUCUUCGAAUGAUUGAGACGAUUCUCCCUGGAAUGUUGGAAAGAGACCAAGGAAUCAUCGUAAACAUCGCUUCAAUGACGGUAAAAAAGCUUUUUGCUACCGUAUUGUCAAUUUGGAAUUCCAUAAUGUUCUGCUUUCAAUUUUAGGGCUGGCGUCCACUCCCUUACAUGUCCACAUAUCCCGCUUCCAAAGCCGCUAUCAGCUUUUAUUCCGACACUCUGGCCGAUGAAUUUGCCCAUACCAAUGUCAAGAUUCAGUGUUUGAUUCCUCUUCUUGUCGCGACCAAAAUCGCAUUCUAUGAGAAGGAAGAGGCGAAUGAUAUCUGGGUAAUUGAUCCUCAGACAUAUGCGAGAUAUGCCGUCAACAUUAUUGGAAGGUUCAGACUGUCUACUGGAUGCUUCUUUCAUGACAUGCAGGUGAGAUAAUGACCCUCAAAAAUCACAAAAAAUAGAAUUUUCUUCCAUAAUGUUUUGUAACCAUUACAAUUUCAAUAAUUGUAUAUUUGAAUCAUCAAUUCCUGCUCUAUUUUCAGAUCGCUUUCGGAACUCUGAUUAGUUUCUGGGUGUUCAAACAACUCUUUGUCCCGUUUGUUAUGCUGGGAGUUCACAAAAAACGAGUACAACAUUACAACACCAAAAAGGUGGAAUGA